AUGUCCUUUGUUCAAGGCAGAACUGCCAUCGUAACUGGUGCUGGAUCAGGGAUUUGCUUCGCCUUUACCAAAAUCUUACUUGAUAAAGGCUGCAAUGUUGUGUUAGGCGAUCUAGCAUUACGUCCCGAAGCAGAGGAGUUGCUCAAGCUCCAUUCCACGCCCAACAAACAACCAAGGGCUAUCUUCCACCGCAUCGACGUGCGUAACUGGCAAGACCUAGACCGACUUUUUAAAAUCGCCCAGGAAGAAUUCGGUCGGAUUGAUAUAGUGUGUCCCGGAGCUGGAAUCUUCGAGCCGUCAUUUUCCAAUUUUUGGUAUCCCCCAGAAACAGCAGUAUCCCGCGAUGACCCUCUGGAAUCUCGGUACUCCACUCUGGACAUUAAUCUAACGCAUGCAGUGCGCAUGUCACAGCAAGCAGUCCAACACUUCACAAAAGCCAAAACCGACGGCUUUAUUGUUCACAUUUCCAGCGUGGCGGCCCAACAUGCAAACUUCUUUUGUCCGAUGUAUGCCGCUAGCAAACAUGCUAUCUCCGGAUUUGUGCGAUCCCUCGCCAUGCUGGAUGAUCCUCCGGAGGGAAGUGGUCUGACCAAGAUUCGGGUUAACGCUGUCGCUCCGGGGUGCAUCAAGACUCCUUUGUGGACCGAGUCCCGAGAUCGACAUAUGUUCGAUGAGGAGAAGGAUGAAUGGGUGACGCCGGAGUGGGUAGCAGAGAAUAUGCUGCAAUUGGUGUUGAAUCCAGACUACAAGGGCGGAACUGUAUUAGAAGUUGGAACUGCUGUGAGGAAGGUUGAGUUGUUGAAUGAUCCUGGUCCCUUGGAGAAAGGAAAUACAUUAAGUAACCGGAAGGUAUCGGAAGAUGAGGUCUGGGAGAACCUACGG